AUGAGGCUGCUGCGAGCCCUGCUGCGCGGUGCCUCCCCGGGCAGCAUCCCGCAGCAGGUGGAUUUCUACUCACGCUUCUCUCCCUCGCCGCUCUCCAUGAAACAGUUCUUGGACUUCGGAUCUGAAAAUGCUUGUGAAAAGACUUCAUUUAUGUUUCUGCGACAAGAAUUGCCUGUAAGACUGGCAAACAUAAUGAAGGAAAUAAGUCUGCUUCCAGAUAACCUCCUAAGAACACCUUCAGUUCAACUGGUGCAGAGCUGGUAUGUCCAAAGUCUUCAGGAAAUUCUUGACUUUAAGGACAAAAGCUCAGAAGAUUCAGGGGCUAUUCACAGUUUUACAGACACUGUGAUAAAAAUCCGGAAUCGACAUAAUGAUGUCAUUCCUACGAUGGCUCAAGGAGUGAUAGAGUACAAGGAAAGCUUUGGCAUUGAUCCAGUGACUUCACAGAACGUGCAGUACUUUCUAGACCGUUUCUACAUGAGUCGCAUUUCAAUUAGAAUGCUCCUCAAUCAACACUCUUUACUCUUUGGUGGGAAAAUUAAUCCAGCUCAUCCAAAACACAUCGGAAGCAUCGAUCCUACCUGCAAUGUUGUUGAAGUUAUUAAAGAUGGCUAUGAAAGUGCCAAGAGCCUUUGUGACUUAUAUUACAUGAGCUCUCCAGAACUCAUCCUUGAAGAGUUGAACAAGAAAUCACCAGGACAGCCCAUGCAAGUGGUAUAUGUGCCAUCACAUCUCUAUCACAUGGUUUUUGAACUUUUCAAGAAUGCAAUGAGAGCCACCAUAGAACACAAUCCUGAUCAAUGUGUUUACCCUCCGAUUCAUGUGCACGUCGCACUGGGAACUGAGGACUUGACUGUGAAGAUGAGUGAUCGUGGUGGAGGUGUUCCCAUGAGGAAAAUUGAUAGACUAUUCAACUAUAUGUAUUCAACAGCACCACGUCCACAUGUUGAGACGUCGCGAGCUACACCUUUGGCUGGAUUUGGUUAUGGCUUACCCAUAUCACGACUGUAUGCACAGUACUUCCAAGGAGACCUGAAACUAUAUUCCUUAGAAGGCUAUGGCACAGAUGCAGUUAUUUACAUAAAGGCCUUAUCAACAGAAUCAAUUGAAAGACUUCCUGUCUAUAACAAAGCAGCCUGGAAGCAUUACAAAGGAAACCACGAAGCAGAUGACUGGUGUGUGCCAAGCAGCGAGCCCAAGGACAUGACCACUUUCCGUAGUACCUAGCUUUUUCACCAGCAGUGCACAGGAAGUGGUGUCUGUAAAGGGAAUUUAGAAGACCUGCUUUACACCAAGAUGCUGAGCCACAUCUGAUAUGUGACAGUAAUUUUAAGUGGAGUAACAGAACUUUUAAAUUAACUAUCUUUUCUGGAAUUAAAAAAAAAAGGCAAACAAAAUACUCAAGAAAAACCCCAAACCUGUACAUAUUUGUCCCACUUUCUAUUUUCAACUACUUUAGUAGCUAAGGAGCAGUGAUUUUGGGUUUUAUAAAGGCAAAUGCAAUCUGUCAAAUCUGUUGGGAAAUUUAUUAAUUCAUAAAAUUACAAAAUUGUUUUGAUAGAAGAACUAUUGAAAAAGCUGACCAGAGCAUUUCUAUAUUACACAGUAUUACAGAUCAAUGAAAAACUCAUGCAAGAAAUACUGAGUAGCUCAUUGCUACACCUUUGCAACUGUAUAGCACUUUCUAAACUUUUUAAGACUGCUGAACGCUGAGUUUGCAAAGUCAGAUAUCUUGCCCACACACAUUGUUUACAUCAAGGUUUUCUGCAGCUGUAGACAUUACAUUUACGUCUGCAGGGAUUUUUAAAAAAAAAUUCUAGCUGCUACCACUGAUACAAUGUAUCUCAGGUAUGUGGUAUCAGUCAUAUUUCUGUGGCUGUAAUGUGAAUAUUUAAUACAUGUGAAAAACUUACCUUGCCCCCAUCGUAUUGGCUUGUGUACAGCAAAGAUCCAGUGUCUUACAUUUGCUUGUAUUUCUGUAGACAAUAUCCAUGUUCCAGCCCUAGUACGAUCUCAGACUCUGCUGGUAUGUCAUACUACAGCUCCAACUAGAAAUUCUUUUAAUAAACAGUUUUUUAGAAUUUGCCCUUUAUAGGGCAACUUUAUUUCUUUGACAACAGAAACUACUGACUCAGGAAUAUUUAAGAAAAAAGUGGAAUUAACAGUUUUUGGAAAUACCUAUGUAUUUCUGAUGUGCUUCUAGCCUCAUGUAGUAGCUGGAAGUCACACUUUAACAUAAAUAACAGAGUAUGUUUAUCAGUCAAAGGCAAACUGUUAAAACAUGCUGGGGAAGAUAGAGAGGAGAAUGAGUAUUAUGUUUCAGGUACAAAGUCCUUUUAAUAAAGGAUUCAACUUCUUUUAAUACCAGUUAUGCCAGCUUUGUUCAAAUCAUAAGCAUCCAUGUUAUACCUUGAUCCCUGUCAUCCCUGAACAUUUUAGGAGUGAUGCAGGUAAAGACACUGUGAGAUAAUCCCCUUCUGUUAAUUUAUGUAAUUCUGUGAAUUUUGUACUGCUGCAGAUUUGCAUAAUCCCUCUCAGAAAGAAUAAGCCUAAAGUUUGCUAGUUGACUAGCUCAGGACAGAGCAGAUAGUGAGACGCCACAAGCUGGUAUGUUAGAAACUGAAGUCAUGCUGUUCUGGUUGUAGCUGAGCCAGAUUAAAGAUUAUCACCUCCCUACCCUAGUUCUGAAAAACAGUAACAGUUUUAUACACUGGUCAAGCUAAUGUAGGUCACUUUUAUGGACAUGAUUUACAAAAGGGGCUACACACAGUUAAACUGACGCUCUGAAGGAUCAUUACUCUAGUUUGUCACCAGAAAAGUACAGUUACCUGCUCCACUCAGGCUUGGGGGCACUUUGAGAGGUCCCCAUUUUCUUGUUGCACAAAGAUGUGGUGGUGACUGGGAUACCUUUCAAUCUGCAUGGCUACAUCUGGAGAGAACCUAUAGUUCUGUUCUUCAACCCUGCAAAAGCACGUAUGUGAGAAGUUCCACAUCCUGUAAAAUGGGGCUGGUACAGAAGUUACAGGGGCUGCUUGCAGCUAUUGCUUUUGCUGAACUAAAGCUGAAAGCCACAGUAAGGGAUUAAUAAAAAAAAAAAACCAAAAAACUAUGAGGCUGAACACUCUAGCUUUUAUGCUGAAUUUUAAAUGUCAAACUAACUUAACUGAUUUUAGCAAUACCUGAGAACUCCAAGAAAUGUUUCUGAUGAAAGGCUAACAAUUUGUCUUCUAGAAACUCUAGCUAAGAUAUUACUGAAAUAAACCACCCUCAGUGUUCUCAGCCAGCUAUAGAUUGAAUUCUGCUUACUGGAACAACUUGCGCUGUAUCUAUCACCUGUCACCCUCUGCUUGUAGUGAAAACACAAAUACAGUAAUAUUUUGGUUUAUGUUUAACUCUACUUACAAGUCUGAUAUUUGAUUACUUCUCAUUUAAAUAAAAGUUCAGAAGGUAAUUUUUAUAUUUAGUAUUUUUCAUUACUGUACUGAAGUCAUUGCUAGCACACUGGUUAAGUUGAAGUGAAUCACUGUAGAAAAUUAGUAUACUAACUCAGCUAUGAGAAUGCUGAUUUUAAUAGUUUUGUAUGCAAACGAGCUCAGUCUUGAACUGUAAAAUGUAUCUUGGUUUGUGUUAACUUAAUUUUUUUGGAAAGAAUC